GGGACUGAUGUUCACUCCGGGAACUGAUUACAAACGGGGUGCCGCGUGCAAGAUCACGGGGGUCCCCAGCAGCGGGACUCCCGCGAUAAGGCAUCUUAUCCCCUAUCCUUUGGAUAGGGGAUAAGAUGUCCAAGCACCGGAGUACCCCUUUAAGCUUUAGUUGUUGCCAGAUACUCCAAGUCAGCAGAAGUAGACUUCUGCUUUAAACGGGCACUGUCAGUUACCAAAACGUUAUAUGUUGUAUAUCUUGGCAAAACAUUAACCUUUCUAAUAUACUUCAUAAGAAAAUGUUAUUUCCUUUUUAUAGAGAUCAUGGCUUAUAAAAUCAUGGCUUUGUCCAAGCUGAAGCACAGGCAUGGGUAAAGUCCAGUAAGUGAGGGUGGGCUAGCACUCCUGAUAGGAUAGGAGACGGCACAGAGGAGUCCUAUCAGACAGGAGACAGCACAGAGGAGUCCUAUCAGACAGGAGAGAGCACAGAGGAGUGCAAUCAAACAGGAGAGAGCACAGAGGAGUCAGACUGGAGAGAGCACAGAGGAGUGCUAGCCCACCCUCACUUACUGGACUUUGUCCAUGCCUGUGCUUCAGCUUUGGCAAAGCCAUGAUUUUAUAAGCCAUGAUGUAAAUUACUACUGUAAGAAUCAUACACCAGACCAUGAUGACCAGAAAGUAGAUGGGCUCAGGUCUCACUUUGCCUUGUGAUUUAGGUUAUGAAAGGCAAAACUGGGUCUGAAUCCAACAAAGUAUGAUAAGUCAAAACUUUCUACUAUACUUUCCAUCCUUUUGUCUCUUCUCCUGCUUUUCUUGGGAAAAAUAGAAGCCAUAAAGUAUAAUCUUAGCUAUAGAUAAGUCAUCUAGUAAGCAUAAAGGAGUUACAACCUACAGUUAAAUAGGAGGGAAUACUAAAGGAAAUUUUCACUUCUAGGAGACACAGUAAAUUGCAGUUACCGGUAGAAAUGCAUAUUGCGUAUAAUCUAAUAUUUUCUCUUAAAUAUCUAUGGAAAUGGAAAAAGUGAUUCCUUGCUUUUGUAGUUGUCUCGCUGGUAGCUGUUGAUAGAAAUAAUUACUUUGUUAUAAAUGUAAAUCAUAGAAAGUGUAGGCAGAGCAAGGGUUAAGGUGGACCAGGAGUGAGUUUACAGGUUGGUUGUCAUGGUGAUUUGGGCCUGAUCUCCCUCCUUUCAUCCUUUACCUUCUCCUCCCAGCUAUUCACACUUUCAUUAUCUGUAUACGGGAAGACGCUUCUACCAAAAUCCUGACUGUAUAGUGGAUAACAUGACACAAAGAUUUCCUUUCCAAAGCAGGAUUUAGCAUCAUCUUCAGUGACAUAUGGUCUUUAAAGGGAGGAUGCCGUUCAGAAACUGGCCAUCGAAACUUUGGAAGAGCUGGAUUGGUGUCUGGAUCAGUUGGAGACACUGCAGACCAGACACUCAGUCAGUGAGAUGGCCUCAAACAAGUUUAAGAGGAUGUUGAAUAGAGAACUUACACAUUUGUCUGAAACAAGUCGCUCUGGAAACCAAGUGUCUGAAUAUAUAUCCAAUACGUUUUUAGAUAAACAGCAUGAAGUGGAAAUGCCCACCCCUACUACCAAAGAGAAGGAAAAGAAGAAGAUAUCUAUGUCCCAGAUCAGUGGUGUAAAGAAACUGACACACAGCUCAAGCUUCACUACCUGCAGUAUUCCACGUUUUGGGGUGAAGACCGACCAAGAAGCACUUUUAGAAAAGGAAAUAGAAGAAGCAAAUAAGUGGGGGCUGGAUAUAUUUAAAGUAGCUGAAUAUUCUGGAAAUCGACCCUUAACAGUCAUCAUGUACUCCAUCUUUCAGGAAAGGGAUCUCUUAAAGACAUUCAGGAUUCCUGUGGACACAUUCAUUACGUACAUGAUGACACUAGAGGAUCAUUACCAUGCUGAUGUGGCCUAUCAUAACAACAUCCAUGCUGCAGAUGUGGCACAGUCCACCCAUGUCUUGUUAUCUACUCCUGCUCUGGAGGCUGUGUUUACUGACUUGGAAAUUAUGGCUGCCAUCUUCGCCAGUGCUAUUCAUGAUGUUGAUCAUCCAGGAGUAUCAAAUCAAUUUCUAAUAAAUACUAACUCUGAGCUGGCGCUGAUGUACAAUGAUGCUUCUGUCUUGGAAAACCACCACCUUGCAGUUGGAUUUAAGCUCCUACAAGAAGAGAACUGUGACAUUUUUCAGAAUUUGACCAAAAAACAGCGACAGAGUUUGAGAAAAAUGGUCAUUGACAUGGUACUGGCGACAGAUAUGUCCAAACACAUGAAUCUUCUGGCUGACCUUAAGACAAUGGUAGAAACAAAAAAAGUGACAAGUUUGGGAGUUUUGCUGCUUGAUAAUUAUUCUGAUCGGAUACAGGUCCUUCAAAACAUGGUUCACUGUGCAGACCUCAGUAAUCCCACCAAACCACUGGAGCUGUAUCGCCAAUGGACAGAUCGGAUUAUUGUUGAAUUCUUCCAUCAGGGAGAUCGAGAGCGGGAGAAGGGAAUGGAGAUCAGUCCCAUGUGUGACAAGCACAACGCUUCUGUUGAAAAAUCACAGGUUGGUUUUAUCGACUACAUUGUGCAUCCUCUGUGGGAAACUUGGGCUGACUUGGUACACCCAGAUGCCCAAGAAAUACUGGACACAUUAGAGGACAAUAGAGAGUGGUAUCAAAGCAUGAUCCCCCAGAGUCCAUCCCCUCCGCCAGAAGAACAAGACCAUGACAGGGGGAGCACAGCAGGAGACAAGUUUCAGUUUGAACUGACACUGGAGGAAGAAGGAGAGUCUGACACAGAGCAGGAGGAGAGUCCUGUCGAGGACAACAGUGACUCAAAAACCCAUGUGACUGAUGAUUCUGCCCAGGCCAGUGAUGAAGCUGAUCAGCCCUCUCCAGUAGACACAAGCAGGAGUGUGGCCAACCAGCUGGAACGACUAGAACUCCCACCCAAGAACACUCUCACCAAGCAGAGAAAAGUAUUGAACUUUGAUAACCUAAAAUUAGCAGCCGAAAGGACGCUACCACAAAGGGACACUAGUAGGGUUGCAUCCAUGAAUACUGCAAAGCAGGAGACCACAGGCCAAGGAGAGGUCUGUUUGGACCAAGAGGGAAACAUCACAUAUCUUCCAUUAGGAACGUAACGCCAAAUUUUCUCAUCACUAUUACUUUAUUUUUAUUCACGCACACUUUGCAUUUUUAUUUUUCUGGAGGAGGGAUGCAUUUUUAUGAAAAAAGUAUUUAAAAAAAAAAAAAAAAAAGGAGGAACUGAUAUCAGAAGAAACAAAUUGUCACCAAUAUCAGUGAAACUGCAUGGGAGAGCAUGGUGAAAUGUCAUGUGGUUAUUUUCAUUAUGAUUCAUUUUGGCAGGGAGGCAAAGAUAUCUUAUCUCUAAGCAGCCAAAGGGUUAGUAUUCUUUCUGGUAGCCAGGAGGUUAAAGGGAAACUAUGGCUAAAAUAUUUGCAGUAUUAAAGCCUUUUUGAGAGUUUAAAGGGGUUCUCCGGUGCUUACACAUCUUAUACC